ACCUCUCCUAACCGGCCGCCACUCAGAGUUAGUGCUUGGCUAGUUGCUUCUAAGUCCAGACAUGUUUAGCUACAAACCUCUUACGUCCGAGCUGGCGCAAGCCGUCCAGGUCCCGGUCAACGGUCCACUAGUGGAGGUCCACCUGAACGACACGUCCGAUCUGCCCAGGGGUGUCGAAAAUCGCUCAACGCCACCGGCACACUGCGUACUCAAUGAGCACUAUCGACUGUCGGCUGAACGAAUACGCAACCUUACCGUAUACGAGGAUGAUUUGUGGAUCGUAACCGCCCCAAAAUGUGGAACCACAUGGACGCAGGAAAUGAUGUGGCUGCUGGACAACGAUCUCAACUAUGAAAAGGCGUCCGCAAUCAAUCUUAUCGACCGAUCAAUCUUCCUCGAAUUCUGCACCUUGGUACCGUCGUACGAGCAGGACACCAUUACGCUGGUGGAACGAAUGGCACGACCACGGCACAUCAAAAGCCAUCUACCGAUGGCACUGCUGCCGAGACAGCUGUGGACGAUAAAGCCCCGGAUCGUGUACUGUGCCCGCAACCCCAAGGAUAUGGUCACCAGCUUCUUCCAUCACUAUCGCCACAUGCACGGAUACGUCGGUACGCGGGAGACGUUCCUCGAGGCAAUCCUGCAGGAUGUCGUUAUGUUUCAGCCCCAGAUUCCUCACACGCUUGACUUUUGGAGCAUACGCAACGAGCAGAACGUACUGUUCAUACACUUUGAAGAGAUGAAACGGAAUAUGGCGGAGGUACUUGAAAGGGCUUGCAAGUUUCUUGGAAAAUCAUACACACAGGCGCAACUCAAACGUCUCGAAGAACAUCUUUCCUUCGAUGUGAUGAAGAAAAAUGAUUCUGCCAACAACUCUAUACUGCUAAAAUUGAUGAAGUCGAUCUCCACCACAGAGGCAAAAGAUAGUUUCCAAUUUAUGAGAAAGGGACAGGUUGGAUCCCACCGCGACGAACUCUCCGGCGAAUAUAUUCAACGGCUUAACGCCUACAUUGAAAAACACUUAAAAGGCAGCAGUUUUAAAUUCAUUGAAUAAAUAAAAUAAAGACUUAUUGUAAAACCCCUGAGCGUGGCUUCACAACCACAAUAGAAAAUAA